UGUCGAAGCUGCUUCCGGAGAGGAGAAAGUCGAUUGGAGCAGCGACAGAGAUUUGGGAGUUCCCAAGAGAUGAGGGCGAAGCAAAAUUGACACAAAGUAGACAAUUAUAGCAAUGAGUUGCAUGAGGUUUUCAAGGCGAAUCAGCAUCACUAACAGGGCUGCUCAAUUGGUGGGUGUGAGAGGGUUCGCAAUAGCUAGUGGCAAGGGAAAGAAGGGCCCGAAAGGUGGCGCUAAUGAUGCGCCUAAAGCUUCACUUAUGAGCCAUGAAGUAAAGAGCACAACAGUCGUUGGAGCCAAUAUCCUCAAGGAUGGUACUGAUCCGAAGAUAAUGCCCGAUUCUGAGUACCCAGACUGGCUGUGGCGCUUGCUAGACAAACGCCCAACGCUGAGUGAACUGCAGCGGAAGGACUCGGAAUCUCUCCCAUUUGAAGACCUUAAACGCUUCGUGAAGCUGGAUAACCGUGCCCGAAUCGAGGGAAACAAUGCUGCCAGAGCUAAAAAUUGAAGUUUAUACUAGGAUGUUGCCAUUGUUGGCUGUUUUCUGCAGUGUAAUCCCGUUAUGUUUAGAAAUGUCAUUUGUUAAGCUUCACUCUGCGGUAUAAUCCAGUUUGUAGUGGUUUCUCAUGACAUUGUCAUGAUGCAACUAAAUUAUUUUCCAUGGAAUUUAUACUCUGAGAAGGCAGAAUCACUUGUAUUG